AUGGCUCCCGGCUACCAGGCGCACGCUGCAGACGCCCGCAAGAACGGCGACCUCUACCGGGACUACAGUGACGACCGCAACGCCACUUCCCAAGACACGCUCUACACGGCCAGCAAUGGCGCUCCUUACUCACACCCCUACGAGACGCAGCGCGCCGGCGAGAACGGCCCGCUGCUGCUCCAGGAUUUCCAUCUCAUAGAUCUGCUCUCGCACUUCGACCGCGAGCGCAUUCCGGAACGCGUUGUCCACGCCAAGGGCAGUGGUGCGCACGGUUUCUACAGGACCACCGCCCCACUUGACGACCUCUCUUGCGCCGACAUUUUCAAGGCCGGCAAGCAAUGCCCCAUCACCCUCCGCUUCUCCACCGUCGGCGGUGAGCGCGGCUCACCCGACUGCGCCCGCGACCCGCGUGGUUUCGCCGUCAAGUUCCGCACCGACGAGGGCAACUGGGACAUGGUCGGCAACAACACCCCUGUCUUCUUUCUGCGCGAUCCGGCCAAGUUCCCCCACUUUAUUCACACGCAGAAGCGCGACCCGGCGACCAACCUCGGCGGCGGCGAUGAUUCGACCAUGUUCUGGGACUACCUGUCCCAGAACCCCGAGGCCGUCCACCAGGUCAUGAUCCUGAUGGGUGACCGCGGCAUUCCCGACGGCUACCGCUUCAUGAACGGCUACUCGGGCCACACCAUGAAGCUCGUCAAUGCCCAGGGUGACUGGGUCUACGCCCAGUUCCACUUCAAGUCGAAGCAGGGCAACAGGUUCCUGACCAAUGAGGAGGCCGCCACCAAGUCGCCCGACUACUCGCAGAAGGAUCUGUACUACGCCAUCGAGGAGGGCAACUACCCUGGCUGGGACUGCUACGUGCAGACAAUGACGCCCAAGCAGGCCGAGGAUGCGUGGGAGCAUAAGAGGAUCAACGUCUUCGACCUGACGCACGUGUGGCCGCAGGCCGAGUACCCGCUGCGCAAGUACGGCGAGUUCUUCCUCAACGAGAAUGCCAAAAACUACUUCGCCGAGAUCGAGCAGAGCGCCUUCAGCCCGUCGCACCUGGUGCCGGGCAUCGAGCCCACGGCCGACCCGGUCCUGCAGUCCCGUCUCUUCUCGUACCCGGACACGCACCGCCACCGCCUCGGCGCCAACUACCACCAGCUGCCCGUCAACGCGCCGCGCGUGCCCUACCGCAUGGCCAACUUCCAGCGCGACGGCAGCAUGGCCUUCUACAACCAGGGCGGCCGCCCGGCCUACCUCUCGUCGAUCCAGCCCGUCCAGUUCCGCACGCGCACCACCGACGUCAACAAGACGCACGGCCACUUCAUCGGCGACGCCGUCGCCUUCCUGUCGGAGAUCCGCCCGGAGGACUUCGUCGCGCCGCGCGCGCUGUGGGAGCGCGUCUGGGACGAGGGCGCGCGCAACCGCUUCAUCGCGACCGUCGCCGGUCACAUGUCGACCUGCCGCCGCGAGGAGAUCAUCAAGCGCCAGAUCGCCAUCUUCCGCGAGGUCUCGAACGACCUGGCCACCCGCCUCGAGAAGGCGACGGGCGUCCGCGGCUACGAGGGCAUCGCUGGCCUCCGCUUCAACGGCUCCCACAACGGCAUGGCUGCGAGGCCGGAGCUGCACGCCGCCAACGGCCAGGCUACGUCGGUGAAUCCCAGCGCUGUUGAUAACAAUGGCGCUCCCCGUGCCGGUACCCACAAGGAGGCGCUGCUGAAUGGCGGCAAUUAG